AUGGGGCACUCGCCGCCCCUGGCCUGGGAAGGCGACUUGCUACAAGGCUGUGCCAAACACCAUGGAGAAGUCAAACCAGUGCCGAGAUGCAGGGAGACCCAGGAAUGGGGCUGCCUUCCCGAGGAGGAGCCCCCAAGGACGUGUGCGGGCAGAGGCACUGACAAGUGCAAAGGCCCUGAGGAGGUGACUGGGGAAGAAUUCGUGGACACCCAGAACCCGGAGGAGGCCCUUGCGGAGCUGGAGAGGGUUCUGGAGAAAGACGCGGAGGGCGUGCCUGAGAUGAGCCGGCUGUGCAUCUCCCAGAGGACCCCUGGCGCCUCCGUGGGCUGGGAGAGGAGGAAGAAGAGGCGGCUGUUGGAGUUGGCGAAACCCAAGAUCAACUGGCAAGUCUUGAAAGACAGAGGCGUGUGGGGCCCUGUCUCUCGCAGGAUGGGGCGCUGCUGCAGGGGCUACGCCUGGAUCUCCCCCCGCACGAGGAACCUGCAGUUCUGUGUCUACUGGCCAUCCGUGUACUGGACAGACGGCUUUCUUGAGGAUACCACCCUCACUAUCACGGUGCCGGAGGUGUCCCGCCGGUUGGAGGAGCUGGCCCGACCUAAGAACUUCUGCUCGGAGUAUUACAACAACAACAGGACCACGCCCAUCUGGCCCAUUUCCCGGUCCGCCUUGGAGUACCGAGCGUCCAGCCGCCUGCGGGAACUGGCCACCCCGAAGGUCCGGGAUAACAUCUGGAGCGUACACAUGUCUGAGGUGUCCCAAGUGUCCAGGGCAGCCCGGAUGGCCAUCCCCAGUCCGAGGAUCAUCCAGCUGGCAAAGCCCAGGGCUCCAGCUGCCCUGCUGGAAGAGUGGGACCCCAUGCCAAAACCCAAGCCACACGUGUCAGACUAUAACCGCCUCCUUCACCUGGCUAUGCCCAAGGCCCAGUCGGACAAGUGUGUUCCUGACCGAGACCCGUGCUGGGCGGUGCUGGAGGCCACCAAGAAGGCGGUGGCCAGUCCCCGCAUCGUCUCCCUGGCCAAACCCAAAGUGCGGAGGGACCUGAGCGAGGGCUACAACCUGCGUCCCCUCGCCUGGACGAGCUUGCCACCCCCAAGAGCGUCACCAAAAAAGCAUGAGCAGACCAGGCCUGGCCCCUCGGCCCGUUCCCAGUAAACACCCAAGUGCAACCUGACCCCGUGUGUGGCUCUGAGAGCUUUGGCCUGGAGCAGGGAGGGCGGCGGGGGGCCGGAGGAGACAGUAAUAAUAAUGUUAUGUUUGUGUUAUGUUUGCAUCCGACCUGCAAUCCUGCAGCCCUUUUUCCCCAGUCGCGUUCCCCUGCCGUCGCCAGCCCCUGGGACGGCAGGCUCCACGCUCUCCCACGUCAGAACUUUCCCUCUGAACCUCUUCUGUCCCAACUUGCUUAUCCAGACGCAUCCUGGGUGUCCACAGCACCUCAGACUCGGUGACCUCCAUAAUCAACCAGCCGAUGCCUGUUGCGUGAUUAUGAGCUUUGCAGUGACCCGACGUGGGGGGCUAUCAGUGUCUCUCCUGUG